AUGGCACACCUUACCAUUGGGAGACUGACAGCCUUUGGAACUCUCCUUUGGCUUUCGUUGGCGAACACAGAGCAUGCAACAUCCGGUUGCCUGGUCCAGCGCAAAGCGGCUCCAGAGAAAACCAGCGAGGGCGUAACAGAUGACGAGAGGCCGCUGACCCUCAGUGAGCGACUUGGGGUGCUGUAUAUCCCGCCGAGUGGAUCCCACGAGGUGAUCUCAGAGUUGAGUGAGAAUCGGCUACUGCAUGCCGUUCAGAAGGCAUGUGAUGAGGCACUGUUCUGCGAUUUGCAUGUGGUGAACGACCACACAAAGCUUUCCAGGAUGACUGAGGCCAACAUUGCAGUGGUCCUGGGCAACGUGACACGUGCCUCCCAGAUCUUCCCUGCAGCAAUGCCUCUGCAGUUGCAACCCCGAGAGGACGUGGACGUGCAGCUGGUGCUGUCCAACUUGAGGAGUUCCUUGGCCAAGGCCCGCGCUCAGGCGGUGCUGGAAGCCAUGAGGCUCGGCCGGGUGGGCGUGUGA